GCCAAGGGCUAUGAGGCCUUUCUGGACCUCUCGGUGCAGCUCUCCUCCAACAGGCUUUUGCGCAACUACCUGGGCUUGGGACAUGGAUGGCAGCGAUCAAGGUCAAUUCAGGCCCAGCUCUAUUGGAGGACAGCCCCAGUGACGAGGGCGGGCGGCCGUGGCAAACCGUCACAUACCAAGGUCAAGUGCAUGGAGCACGCAGCUGUGCUACAGACAUCGGUGAGCGUCCUGGCGAUUGAAAUUGUGACGGGCCGGCAGCACCAGAUUCGAAGCCACUGCGCUCACGUUGGUCACCCACUCGUGAGAGAUGGCAAAUACUCCAGUCUUGCGACCUAUGCAGCUGAUCUGGCCAUCUCCACGCACAAUUGCUUGCAUCGCUACUGUCUUGGUUUCUACGAUUUGGAAGGGAGUCGUCACAAUGUCACGUCUCCGCUGAAUACAGAGUUUGCGUCUGUUCUGGAGCAGCUCAGAAGAAAGGACAAUGCAGGGAGGCGCAGCGAUUUGCAAUGGCUGCGGGAGGAGUGGAGCAGUCUCUGA